AUGCUGCGCGUCUUCUACCUCACGACGGCUCUCAUCAACAUGCUGCUCUGGCUGCGCUGGUGGCACGUCGGCUACGCCAGAACGGAUGAUGCGCCCAUCGUGACUUGCCCUUCGUGGCUUCCGGCGUCCGCCGUGCUCGCUCUGCGACGGCGGCCGAUGUACUACACGCUGUGCCGCGCCGGUCCGCUGACGAUGAUCACCGCGGCCGCCUGGCCCGACGUGUGGAUGGUUCGCCUCGGUGCUGCCGCGUGGCACUCACUCUACGUCCUCGCAGAGACCUCCUGCACCCACUCGCACCGAGACCACGCGUCUCUGUACUCUGCCUGGGCGCUUGCUCUGCUGCCCGCGCACCUCGCGCAUGGCGUCGCUCUCGGCGUGUGCGUCCACUUUGUGGCCUCGAGCGGCUUUGCCAAGCUACACGUCGCGGGCGGCGCUGCUGCCUGGGCCGAGCCCUCCACCCUCGCGUCCAUCCUGCGGCAGUACAACUCGCUGCCCAUCCGCGAGGGCGGGCCGCUGCUCCCGCGGGCGAGCGCUCUGCUCGUGCGCCACCCGCUCCUCGUCGCCACCCUCUCCGCCUUCACGCUCGUCUUUGAGUGCGCGCUGGUGCCCGCCGCGCUGCUGCUGCCGCUCGCGCUGCGGCCGCUCCUCGCGGCGGUGUCGUGCAUGCUGCACGUCGGCAUCGCGGCGGUGCAGAGCCUGGACAUCGGGCUCUACUUUCUGCCAAACCUGGGCACCUACUGCCUCGGAUUUGGCUCGUCCGUCCCCCUCGGCUCGCCCGGCUGGUGGUGCGCGAUCGCCGUGUGCGCCGCCUCCGCGGCGCCGCUCCUCGUCCGGCGGAGGCUGGUUGCCGAGGACUGGCCGCUGACGCCGUUCGCGCUCUUCGCCUGGUCGGGCCCGCAGUGGCGAUCCCUCUUUGCUCGCCUGGUCGACGGCGACACGCGGCUUGUGCUCGGCGCACGCGCGCCUCCGCAGCCCGGCCAGGCGGUCGGCGAGACGCUCGUCUUCAACGAGGUGCUGCGCGGGCUCGACUGGGAGGCGAUGGCGGCAGGAGGGCGCGCCGGAGGCUGGGCGCCGAGGCUGGCGGUCGCCGUCGAAAAGUGGCUGGCGGGCGGGCGGCUCGUGCUCGCCGGGACGGGCGAGCCCCUCCGCUACGCCUCGGUGGUGUCGGUGCGGAAGGAGGAGGGCGGCGGCGGCUUGGAUGUGGUGUGCGAGGUGCUGGCGACGGGUAAAGGGGAGGGGAAGGGGCUGUAG